AUGGGGCCUGAUCUAAGUUACCCCCGAAGCGUCCUUGAUGAUUUUGGAAAAUACUUUUCACAGCUUAGCGAAGUAGCUAAUGCUUCGUUGCGGCCCUUAACUCCGGAUUCUGGCCAUGCAUCCCCAACACCAGGGUCUACAAUCAGCCAAACAGGCCUUCUACAGGACCUAGGCAAUAUGGACGUUAAAGAUAUUGGGACCGUUGUCGAACUAGUAAAAAAUGCCGCCGGUGGUGGUUUGGUGGAUGAUAAAUCCUAUAUUAUGGAAAGGUUAAUACAGUUGGCCUCCUCGCUGCCUAGCACAUCGCGUAAUGCUAUGACUCUCACAAACACAUUACUUACUCAACUGUGGAAUGAUCUUAACCACCCUCCCCUUUCGUAUAUGGGGCGACAGUUUAUAUAUAGACAGGCAGAUGGCUCAUAUAACAAUGUCUAUUGGCCCCAUAUUGGAAAGGCAGGAUCCAACUAUGCCAGGAGUGUGCAACCAAAAUUAAUCCAGCCUGUUUCCCGUCCUGACCCUGGUCUAUUAUUCGAUGGUCUCUUGGCAAGGCAAGAAUUUAGAGAGCAUCCGACGAAAAUAUCGAGUAUGCUUUUUUAUCUUGCUGCACUGAUUAUUCAUGAUCUCUUUCGAACGGACCCGAAGGAUCAUUCUCGUAAUCUCACUUCUUCUUACCUGGACUUGUCUCCGUUGUACGGUUGCAACCAGGAAGAGCAGAAUAGUGUACGAACGUUCAAAGAUGGUAAGCUGAAACCUGACUGCUUCUCUGAGAGACGAAUUUUUGGAUUCCCUCCUGGAGUUGGGGUAUUACUUGUCAUGUUCAGCCGUUUUCACAAUCAAGUCGUGCAGAAACUUGCCGCUAUCAAUGAGAAUGGUCGUUUUCAGAAGCCCAGUGAGGAUAAUCAGGAGGCCUAUGCUAAAUACGACAACGAUCUGUUUCAAACCGGUCGUCUUAUUACCUGUGGACUAUAUAUUAAUAUCAUCCUGAAAGACUACGUGCGUACUAUCCUCAAUAUCAACAGAACAGGAAGCGACUGGAGCCUCGAUCCUCGUUCUAAUAUUAAGGAAUUCCUGAGCCAUAAGCCAGUGAGUGAAGCUGGUGGAAAUAUGGUUUCGGUAGAAUUCAAUCUUGUUUACCGAUGGCACUCCUGUCUUUCUGAUCGCGAUGAUCGGUGGAUGCAGGAUAUGUUUAGGGAUGUCUUUGAAGGAGCUGAUGCAAGUAAAGCCAGCAUGUCGGAAUUCUUACGGGCAGUUUCAAAGUUAGAAUCCAAACUUCCUUCUGACCCGCAGCAACGGACGUUCGGAAAUCUUCAGCGAUUGCCCAAUGGAGCCUUCAAUGAUGAUGAUUUAGUCAAAAUUCUUGCAGAUAGUAUUGAAGACUGCGCUGGGUCAUUUGGCGGCAGGCAUGUGCCUAAAUCUCUUAAAGCUGUUGAGAUUUUGGGAAUUCUGCAGGCUCGCUCCUGGAAUCUCUCGAGCCUCAACGAGUUUCGAAAAUAUUUCAACCUUGCCCCUCACAAGACCUUCGAAGAUAUCAACUCCGACCCAGAGAUUGCAGACCAAUUGAGACAUUUCUAUGGUCAUCCGGAUAACGUUGAGCUUUAUCCUGGUAUCGUUGUUGAAGAAGGAAAAGCUGCUCUCGCACCGGGAAGUGGACUCUGUGCCAGCUUUACUAUUUCUCGGGCUAUCCUUUCUGAUGCCGUUGCUCUUGUGAGGGGUGAUCGAUUUUACACCGUUGACUACACCCCGCAGAACCUUACAAACUGGGGGUUCACAGAAGCAAACUACGAUAUAGCGGUUAAUAAUGGCCACUUAUUCCACAAGCUUAUCCUCCGGGCCUUCCCUUCUCAUUUUAAAUCAGACUCUGUCUAUGCGCAUUUUCCGCUGGUUGUUCCAUCUGAGAACAAGAAAAUACUCACUGAUUUGGGCCAUGCGGAUAAAUAUUCUUGGGAUAAACCUGGUGCCAUCCCACAUCCAACGAUGAUCUUCUCCCAUAAAGCGUGUGCCUCGAUUCUCAAUAAUAAAGUGGAUUUCAAAGUCACAUGGGGCGAAAAGAUCAAAUUUCUAAUGAGGCGCAAUGAAAUUCCAUAUGGCACGAAUUUUAUGCUCUCUGGAGAUGAGCCUGUGAACGAGAGCUCGCGGAAAAUGAUGAAGAGUGCAUUAUAUAUAGAGAACUGGCAUGACCAAAUCAGAAAUUUCUACGAACGAAUUACACUGAAGCUCCUCCAUUCGAAGUCCCAUCGGAUUGGUGAAGUUAGUCAAGUCGAUAUUGUACGCGAUGUCGCCAAUUUGGCGCAGGUACAUUUCUGCGCAAACGUCUUCUUAUUCCCCCUUAAGACUGAACAAGCGCCACAUGGAAUAUAUACUGAGUACGAACUGUACGCGAUUCUCGCCCUUGUUUUUACUUGCAUAUUCUACGAUGCAGAUCCUGUUCAGAGUCUGAAGCUCCGGGAGUUUUCACGAGAAGCCACUCAAAAACUGGGCCAGUUUGUGAUGCUGAACACACAAGUUAUUGCAAAGACUGGGUUUAUUGGUGGGAUUAUUGAUAGGCUUCAUGGAAAUGAAGCUUUGGCUGACUAUGGUAUCCACAUGAUUCAACGUCUUCUCGAAUCGAAAAUGCCAAUUGACGAAAUUGUUUGGACAAAUAUCCUUCCAACAGCUGGAGGAAUGGUGGCGAACCAAGCCCAACUCUUUUCGCAGUGCUUAGAUUACUAUCUUUCAAAGGAGGGAUCAGAACACCUGCCCGAGAUUCGGCGUCUGGCUCACUUAAACACCAAAGAAGCUGACGACCUUCUAAUGAGAUAG